UGGGCUGGGUAUUUGGCCAAGUUGAGCUUUCAAUAGCUCCAGAAGUAGCUAGUGGCAAGAAAUAUAGAUUUGAAUUCCCUAUGAAUCAUUCUUACCUACUUAAUUAUUCAGGUAUGAUUGCCAGGGGUGGUAAGAGAAUACCUACUAAAAAAAGAGAAAUACCAGGAUAUUUGGCAGAGAACCUGCCAACUUUGCAUCGCUUUUAAGGUCAGGCAUGUGGCAGGCAAGCCCUGGGCCAAAUGGUAAAGUAGUCAUCAGCUGGUUCUCCUAGCAUUCUAUUCUUACCUGGUGCUUUCUAUUUUUCUCUGGUAGCCAACGUUUUCUGUCUUUCUGUUGCCUCAAACCCUGCUUUCGAAGAAUUAAAAGGCUCAUUUGCUCUAAGGUGUAAAUUAUAGGUGACCUCUGGUCAUGCUGUUCAUAUUUUAACAGAAAGCUGAGUUUUAAGUCAAAGAAAUGGCUCUCUUAAUUGUAUAAUUCAGGCAUUAGCAGGAAAAUUAUAGUUCCCUCCUACCUCCAGUCAUUUUUUCACCUAUUCUUCCUUCUAAGAAUUUUGUUGUUCAAUUGUAUCCAUUGUCCUGACCAAAUAUGGCAAAGAUACUGGAAUGGCUUUCCAUUCCUUCUCCAGUUCAUUUUACAGAUGAGGAAACUGAGGCAAACUUGCCCAAGGUCACACAACUAGUAAGUUUCUGGUGCCAGAUCUGAAUUCAUGAAGAUGAGUCUUCCUGAUUCUAAGUCCAGUGUUUUCCUCACUGCACCACUUAGUUGUUCUUGAGAUUAACCUUGCUUAAAAGACUACUGAAUUGGACUAGUUUGGCAAUCAAGCAGAAAAGGGAUGGCAACUUUAUAUUCUGGAAGUAAAAACAAACAAAAAAGCUUGCUGCCCAAUCUUUAUUUGAUCAGUAUUUUUUUUCAUAUGGUUGUAGUGUCAGAAAAGCAGUAAUAAAAUACUUUCAAAUGUCAGAAUGGAAUUAGAUAGGGAAACUCUUGCAAUAAAAGUUUUAAAUGACAAAAUGUGUGGGAUUCUGGGAUAUUUCUUUCUAGCUCUAAUUCAGGUCCUUCUAAAAGUGAUAUGACAGCUGGUUAUCAGCAUGCUUCUGUCAUACUCACAUUAUGGAUGUUGCUGUGGAUGUAUAUAUUAUUUGGACAUUUUUAGAUACAAUAUUUUGGAUAUUUUUAGACUUUUCUCUAUGUCCUAGAUAAAACAAAUGCUGAAAUAGUUCUUCAACUACUUAGGAAUUAUUUUUUUUUAAAUAUAAUGGUACCCUCUUCUAAUUCUCUACCUAAAAUAUGUAUUUUUAGGACGCUACAUCUUUACCAACUUGCUCAGGCUGAGAUAUUUUUGAUUUAAAAAAUCAGUCUUUUAAAUGGGUGUAAGUGAAAUAUGUUUUAUAUUUUAUUAAAUAUAUUUAAGUGCCCUCGUGUAGGAUAUUGCCCAAAGCAAACUAAAGAUCAAAUCCCAAGUAAAGUCCCACCUUCUACAAGAAGUCUCUCAUAAUUAAUCUUAUUCCCUCUGUUGAUUAUUUCCAAUUUAUCUUGUAUAUAGCUAAUCUGUAGAUAGUUGUGACAGUUAAUUGAUUUUGUCCUGAAAUUGCUUAAGCCCCUGUUCUUUGUCUUUGAACUUUGUUUAGAAAUUCUGCUGGUCUGUAAAGAGGUAAGGCUAGAAAUAGAGUUCUCUUGCUAAUUAUUGUUCUCUUCUUGCCUCAAUCUGCUAUCCUUGGGGGAUGUGGGUAGACACCAGGUCCAGGAUCUAUAUACCACCAAGCUAUUCUUCAAGGAUGUCUGGUCCACUAUCUCUGACUUUGCAGGUGGACUCAAACAAUGAACAUUUCUCAGUCACAGGAGGAAAGAGGAGGGGGGAUAUUGAUAUCCCCUCAUUCCCAACUUCCAGCCAAUGAUAUUAUUCCUCACACUUCAGUCAUGUUGUCCUCUAUCCAAUAAUGUUGCCAACCCCAUAACCAAUGGUCUUAUUUUCUUACCUACCCUAUUCUAUAUUUUAUUCUAACCAUAUAAAAAGGAGAUGAGUCUCCAUCUCAGAGUCUUUGGAUAAAUUGAGACAGCCAUUUACCUAUUCUAUAGGCAGCCAGUGCCCCUGUUAAUAAAAUGCUAUAUUGCUCAGAGAAAAUACACAUCAGUCAACCUUUGUUGAACUGUACUUGUGAGAAUUGUUUUCAUGUUGUCUUUCUCAUUUAACUGUGAGGUCCUUAAGAGAUGGGGGUGUCUUUUACCUUUCCUUAUAUCCCAAGUACUUAGCAUAAUUUCUAGCACAUAGUAGGAACAGAAAUGUUUUACUGACUAAUUAAUGUGUUCCCAGUCCUCCAGGACUUUAGAAUAUUAUGACCAAGGGGAUUUUAGAAUGCCAUAAUUUAGCUUUAUAAUAAUAAGUUCCAUUAUGCCAUUUAUUAUGAGGCAGUGUGAUGAAGUCAGGGGUUAAAGAGCCAGUCUCAGCCAGGAAAACCUGGGUUCAAGUCCUUGAAACAUUCUAUAUCUGUGAUCUUGGGAAAGUGACUUGGUCUUUCUUAGCCUCAAGCGACUUCUUAAGUUAUAGAGGUUACUUAAUUGCUGCGAAUUUAAAUUCUUCCCAGAAAAAAAAUAGAAGACUGACCCACUGCUGAAAAGAUUUUUUUUUUAAUAGUCCUGUGAGGCACAAAGAUCGACUUCAUUUUCCUCCAAAAAACUGGGAGAGUAAAUAGUCCUCUAAACGCAAUCAAUACCAGCUUUACCAGAAUGUAGCAAAAAAGUCCAGAGCUUGAUUCAGUUUUCCUUUCCACAGCCUUAACUUAUGGCUUAGUGGAAAGAGUGUUAGAUUUAGUCAGAGGAACUGAGUUCUGAUUCUUCUGGGCAAAUCAUUUAAUCACUCAGUUCUCCAUCUGAAAAAAAAUAUAGAAGUUGGACAAGAUGACUUCUCAGGUUUCUGUUUCUAAAUCUAUAACUUAGUCUUAUCAAGCUUUCAGAAUUAUAGAAUUCUCACUCUGCCAUUUUUGCAGACAGAAAUAAAAAAGAAAAAAAAUACACUCCUAUUUCCUUCUCAAAUGUUGGGAUUGGAGAGAAAGAAAUACAGUAAAAAUUUUGAUAAGUUAUAAUUAUACAAGAGUGCAUGUAAAAAAUGAUUUAAGGCUCUAUUUUGAGUUAAUGCACAUACUUAAUCCUCAGUGGUUUCCUAAAGCCCAUCUUACAAUUUUCUUUUAUUGAAAGUAGUGAUACAGUUGAGGAUGGAUGGUCCUGUAUAAAAUCCCAGCUGCCCAAGCGUAACUUCAAACAGCAGGGGCUGUGGGAGGAAGACAAAUGGGCCAGGAAAUUUUUUUGCUCAUUUUGACAGUAAAUUAAUAAUAUGGGAAAUCAUAUUCAAAAUAAUAUGCAAAUUACAUGUGCUAUUCUGAGUCAAGGGCAUAGGCAGAGACUGUAAUAUUUUUUCUAAUCUUCUACCUUUCAAAGCCUGGUGUGGGAAUAGUGGGCAGCAGUAGUAAUAGCCAACAGAAUAGAUGGAGUUCUACCUGCCUGGAAACAUUCUUUUUCUUCUUUGUAGUGAAACUGUCCUCUUUCAACCCCUACCCUAGAUUAGAAGGAUGUUAAAGUAUACAUUUUAAUGAGAAGAAGCAUGGCAUAGUGCUGACCUUGGAGGCAGGAAGAGCUGGGUGCAAAUUCUGUUUUGGGGAAAUGCUUCAGUGCUCAAGGCAAUGGUCUUUUCUGGAGAUUCUGAAACCAAACCUUUGAUCUUCACAUUUGUUCCAACCAUACGAAGACUACCAACUCACAGUCAGGUUGCUGAUGCUACUAAAUACCUUGUUAAAAUUGGUGAAGAACCAAGAGAUAAGAGUCACGGAGCAAUAAAUAGGUCUAAUUCCAAUGAAUUCUUGGACUGCGUGACUUUGAAAAGUGGAAUCCAACAAGAGAGUGAUAUCCAGACAUACGCAUGUUCUACAGAAACUAGCCCAAAGAUUAUCCAAGGGAGAGGACUUAAAUUGAAUCAACCGGAAACAAUGCAACAAAGUGACCUUUUCAAAGCAGAAUAUGUCUUUAUUGUGGACUCUGAAGGGGAAGAAGAAGCCACAGGCAGAAAGGAGGACAAACAGCCCACUGUGGGGAAUGGUCAUGGGUUGGCAAGACCCAAAUCCCUAGCUCUAGCCCCAGGGCCCAUAACUACACUGCAGAAACCACACCAAGGCGACUUCCAAGGUCCACCACAAAGUGAUCUUCCUCAAGAUGCAGCCAGUCCACAAAAGCAAAUACAGUUAACUUCUUCUCCCUCUACUACCUCUGAUCAGCUCUCCUGUAAACCACCUGCUCUCUUUGUUUCACCAACUAAUCUGAAAGCACAAUCUGACAUGGUUAGCCUGCACCAAGCCUCUAUCCUGGAAGAAUUCCAUACUCGGAGGGUGGAUCCACGUGGGUCAUCCAUGCAAGAGACGUCUACAUAUUUUCAAAGGACCACUCAUUCUUCCCCUUGUUUUGCGCCAGCGGAAGUAACCUUAGAGCAAAAAAGCACUCAGAUCUUAGAUUCUAAACAGCUAAAAAAUAUGUCUAGCCCAACCUUAGCUCAUCAAAAGGCUGGAUUGUGGUCAGAAACUUUAAACAAGAAUUCAACUUCCCCCUCACAUUUUAUCAGCUCAAGUGGAAGCCAGAGCUUCACUGCUGAGGUACCCGGCUCAUCUGCUCCCAAGUCAGAUGCAUCAUCAUACAUACCUGUUCGUAUCAUCACACAUUCAUUAUCCCCAAGUCCUAAACCAUUGAAUCCCACUUUCUAUGGGUCCUCUUCGACUCUCUGUAGUCAAGCUUCAUCUAGUGGAAAUCUGGCAAAGUCAGGAGCUAAGUCUCCAGUACCAACUCGACUUUCCCUUCUGACUGCCAUUUUAAAGUCAAACCCUCCUCACGGAAGACCCUUUUCCCCUGUAUCCUGUCCCACCUUCUCUUCCAAUUCCCUAACUUCAUCUACACUCACAUUGGAUCAAAGGGUGAAAAGAACCCCACCGACUCCUAAGAAAUCUUACUCUAGUUUCUCCCUUAAGGAAGAAUCUCCUGAUCUAGGGGAACACCAGCCUACUGACAUCUCUCAGCAGUCUGUUCACUCUCCUCUUUUCACCAAGAUUGCCUCCCAGGAAGCUUCCCUUUCCUAUAAAAAGCCCCUAAGUAGCAGUCCCCUUACUCCUCAAUUAGAGAAAGCUCCUCCAUCCCCUGUUUCUCCCAAGAGAACUAUGAUCCCACCACAGUUACAAAGCAAAAUCCUGAACUCAUCAAUCCUACCCCCUAUUCCACCAUGUUCUUCUGCUGUUUCCUUUAAGAAAGGAAACCAUGAUGCUGACCCCAAAGGUUUAGCUCCUGAAAAGUCCAAGAGGGUUCAUACAUACUCAUCCACUUCGUCCUCUUCUGUCUUUGUUUCUGACACUGCUAGCCAAGGAAACAUUCUGCCUUUCCCAAAGGAGUAUCUCUCUCCAACAAGCCCCUUUUAUCCGACAUGCCAGUCACAAGUAGCUUCAUCACAGUUAUUAUCUAAGGAAAAAAAUUUUGUAUCUGCAAUUACUCCAAGCAUUUCUAUUCCCAGUUCUCUCUCUCAUUCGAGUUUGGGGUCCUCCAUUCCUCUUAUUGAUAAUAUUCAUUCCCAUACAAUUCAUUCAAUUUCAUCUCUGCACCCAAAUGAUCAAUUCAGUACCUUACCCAUAAGACCUGCGAAGUCCCCUGAAGCCACAGUAAUGCAUACUAGAUCCCCUGUCUCAAGCACAGCACCUCCCAUGUCCUUAACAAGAGCCAAGGAGUCAACUUCAACACAAUCUUUGUCCUUGCCUUCUGACCCUGAAAAUAAGAAAACCAAGCAAUACAAGAUCAAGUCCAGCUACAAGGCCUUCGCAGCAAUCCCUACAAACACAUUGCUUUUGGAGCAGAAGGCACUAGAUGAACCUUCCAAGUCAGAAAGGAUCACCAAGGACAGCACAUUAGAUUCACAUCUGGAGUUCUGUUCCCCCGCACAGCUCAGGCAGCAAACUGAAGAGCUCUGUGCUGCCAUUGAUAAGGUCUUACAGGAAUCCUUGUCCAUGCAUUCUUCAGAUUCUCCUUCAAGUUCCAUGCAAACAGGACUGGGUUCUGAUGGAAAUAAAAUGCCUGUAACUGUUCCAAGAGCAGCUGGUCGAGAAACAAAAUAUGCAAAUCUCACCUCUCCAUCAUCUACAAUGGCUGUGAGUCAACUGACAAAACCUGGGGUAAUUCGUCCAGUUCCAGCAAAAUCCAAAAUAAUAUUGAGGAAAGAAGAGGAGGAGACUUAUGAGCCAAACCCCUUUAGUAAAUAUUUGGAAGAUACCAGUGGUCUCUUUGCUGGGCAGGAUGUUACUUCUCUUCAUGAUGCUACACCUCUUCAUCCUCUCUAUAAGACUAAACCAUUUCCUCCUGCUAAAUCACUGUUGUAUCCACAAAACCUCUCAUAUACUGACUGUCUUACCCCUGGACCUUUUAGUCAUUUGUCCUCUGUUUCUCUGGGUGAUGGACAUGUGAAUUCUCCUACUUCAUUCAGUCACAACAGAUUAUAUAAUAAGCCAAGUCAUCCGAUAGUAACUAUUCCUGAAAAUGAAGCCCUCGAUUCGAAAGAGGUGUUACAGCACAAACUACGUGAACUUCAUGAAUCCGGAGCUGCAGUACAAGCUGGACCAUUAGACUUUUCUCUGCAUGACCUGAACCCAGGAGAUAAAGUUUAUAUCAAGAAUUUCAAGCGAACUGGAGCAACUCAACCUUCAUGGGAAGGACCAUUCCAAAUAUUAUUAACUACUCCAACAUCUAUAAAGAUUGGAGAAAGAGACUCUUGGAUUCACUGCUCACAUGUGAAGAAAGCAUCUUCUGCUGAGACUGAUUGACUCUAUCCUAUCAUAUGAAUUGUGACUCUAUCUUAUCAUAAGAAUUGGAGAUAAUAAUCCAUAGACAAAUGGAUGCUGGUUUUUUUCUCUCAAGAAUAUAUUGAAUUACUGAUUUUUUUCUUAUUUUUUCUUAUUUCUUUCCUUUUAUUUUUUUAUCAGAAUAUUUGAUUUUUUUUCUCAUUUUUUGUACUGAAAGUACACAUAAUUAAUAUUAAUAUUUUUUCCCUGCAGUAAUACAAGUUAAUAUAUAUACUCUUGCUAUAAUAUCAAUAUAUGCCUAAAAGCUUUAAACUAUGGGAACCUGCCAUUUAUUGAUAAAAUAUUAUAGGACUGUGAUUAAUGUUUGUGUCUGAUUCCAGGAAAAGGGAUAAAAACAAGGAGCACAGACUAAACCUGAAUAGUGCCAAUAGAGCACACAUGAAAUAUUAAAGUGAGACUCAAGGUUGCGACGCUUAACUUAUGUUUAAGUCGUAGGACUUCCUUGUAUCUACACUCUUUUUGAAGUACUCAAACAAGUACAAAGCUUGACUAUCAUGCUGGCUCCCUAUAUCUCUGAAGGAAAAAAAAAUCAGACAAGGGAAUGACAUUUCCCCAUCAAAAUAGAAUUCUAAUUCUUUUCUUCUUAUAUUAUGGCAACUUCCUGUAGUCUUGGCUACAAAUGUCUAUGUGAAAUAUUACUGCAUUCUGUCCUACAUACUUGUGGGAUAGAAAUUACUUUAAACUGGACCUAUACAAGGCCUAUUUUGAAUUUUUCUUAUGUUUUUGAUUAUUUUUCUAUUCUUUUGAUAAUUGACACAUACACCCCCAUAACUGAACAUUGCAUUCUGAGCUAAACUUGAUAAUUUUUUUUUAAAUACUUACUUCAGGGGGGAUUGUAUUUUAAUUUGAAAUCUAAGAAUUUUUGAAUUUUUUUUGUUUGAGAUUUUAUUUUUAUAAAAAUCCAAGACUUUUGUUUAAGAUUUUACUGUUAUAAAAAAUUUUCAAAGAUUUUGAUUUUGUUCGAGAAAAGAUCUUCAAGAAAGAAGCUUGAAACUUUUAUAUCCAGAGAAUGAACUGUUGCAGAAAGAUGCCGAAAACCUACACUUCAUCAAGAAGAUCAAGAAUGAACUUUGGAUGUGAUUGAUUGGACUGAACUUUUGAUUGAACAUUUAUUGUAACAUUUAUGCCAAAAGGGACUGCCCCUAAUUUGGCUUUCUGUCAAUGCGCCUAGCAAACAUUGGUUUUGCUUUCUUUUCUUUUCUAUUUCCUCUCUCACUAUUCUAAUUUCUCUUAGAAAAUUGAAUAUUGUGUAUAUCUUUAGUUAGAAGUGAAUUUAGAACUACAAAAUGAUUAUGUUAAAUGAUCAAUGGGGAGACUAGUCUCCCAAUGAUCAUCAGGGGGGAUUGUAAACCUCAAAUUUCCUUAGACUUAUAAUUGUUGAAAAUUUCACCAUUGGGAUAUUUCAUACUUGGAAAAUUUCUUACUGAUAGUCUAUUGGAAUGGGAACUCCAUUGGCAUGGGAGGUUCCUUCUCUUCCCUUCUUAAGAUUACUUUAGGACAGAAACCCUUUGCUGAACAAUGGAAAGGACUUUGACCUAUGCUUGAGCAUAGAACAGGAAUUUCUUUGGGUCUUGAUUGAUUUUAGAAUUGAUACAAUGGAGAUACUUGGAAUAAAUCUCCACCCUAUUCAGUCCUAAUAGGAUUGAGUAAGGGCUGCAGCCUAGAUCAAAAUUUAAUUAUUCCAAUCUCUACCAUACUCAAGUUAACAGGAUUUAGAAAGGGCUGUAGCAAAGGAGUAUAGAUUUAAUCAUUUGAAAAAUAUGACCUUCAACAGACAUGUGCAAAAGCCAGAAACCUCUGGGCGGUCCUGGGUUAAGCGAGAGCCUCCAUUGACAGGGAAAUUGAUGAAGAGUGAUUGGUAGAUGUGAGGACUGAGGGGAGGCAAUUUGGAUGGUGUCCUUAAAGAUAGGAGGGUCUGGAGACUGGAGGAGAGAGGAUUGAGUUUUUGGUCGGUGUGGUUCCUGGGCUCGGAGGAAGCUUGCUCGGAAGGAAGCUGAAGGUGGGGGCCUCUGAGACUGUUUCUCCAUUUUUGGACACGUGAGUGAAAGGGACUGAUCUCUUUUCUUUGCCCCAGCUAUCUAAGGGCUUGGGCCUUUUGGCCCAGCCUAAACAGAAGGGGUAUUUAAGCCCAAUUCCCUUCUCUCCCCUUUCUCUCUCUAUAUAUAUCUCUAAUUCCUUUCUUGCUCCUAUUGUAAUUAAACUCCAAAAAAAGGCUGACGGCUGACUUGAGUUUUUCAUUUAGGAAUUACAUAGCUGAUUCCUUGGCGACCUUAAAUUAAUAUAUAUCAGUCUUUUAAGGUGAUUCCCUUGUAACACCAAGAUACUUUCAUGAAAUAAGAGGUUGGAAGCUACUUAUGUAGACUGGCACCAACAUUAGAUUUGGAAUCAGAACAUCUAAUUUGAUAACUAGUCUGUUAUUUACUACCUAUGUAACAUGAAUUCAAUUUAAUAAAUAUUUUUGACAAAAAAUCUAAAUGAGUCAUUUUUAGUUUUAAAACCCCUGAUAUGACAAUUAGAUCAAUAGUUCUCAAAAUGUGUAUUGCAAACUUCACCAAAUAUGUCAUGAAGCUCAUUUUUCCAUUGAGAUAUUUCGCAUGCUCCAGCUCCUGCCCCUAACUGUAGUUUGCUGCCUACUUUUCCUAUGUGGCAAUGGGAAACUCACAAUAGGAAUUUUAUCUGAGGAAACACAAAAUAGCCUCCUUCACUGCUGCAAGUCUUAGAGAAGAAAGAAGAGGUUGAAGGGAUUAAAAGGGAGAAAAAAGAAAUCCCUAGAUUGAUUAAUGGGUCAGGAGACCUGGCUGCCAAGGAAUCCUUCUUUGGCAUUCAACUUCAAUGUGAACAUUGUGUGCUGUGAGUCUAUCUGGCAAAUAUUAUGCCCCGAAGGGCGGGGAUGGGUGGGAUUGAGAAUCACUGGACUAGAUGAAUUUUAAGGACCUUUCCAACUUAAAAAUUCAGUGUUUAUAUAAAGCAAAAUUAAAAUCUUUUUUUACAAUGUUUAUGUGAAACUUUUAGCAUUCAGAAAUAUAAAUUUUCCAUUGCAAGAAUCCUAGUUAGAAUCUGAAUUCAUAGCCCAUAGCAAUGUUUUGGAAUAUGUUCCUUGAAAACUCAACUGUUAUUUCAUUUUACAUAUGUAUGGUAUAGUAAUUAUUUAAUAGAAGGCAAUAAAUACACUCAUACAUUAACUGAUACUGGAUAGUAACUUUACAUGUUAUAUUCCUUAAAAAUUUCUUAUGAAAUUUGGUUUAAUGUGUUACAAUAUUACAUUAUUCAUUAUCCAGAAUUAACUCUUCCUAAUCAAGCCUUAGAAUUUAACUUUCUCAUGUAAAUUAUUAUUUUUUGAGUAAAUUUUUAGUUUCUUAUUUCCAGAACAAAAUAUUUCUUUGUACUAACAUUUUUGUUUUACUCACGGUAAUACUGAUAUUGGUUCUAAUGUCCUUCAGUGGGUAAUGGAGAGAAAAUAGGGCAAUAUGACUUACUUCUUUCUCUCCUUGUAGACUAAUGACAACUCCUAGGCAUGUUUCCACUGGUUAUGUAAAUUAAAGUGAAAAGCUCUGGCCUUGUCUAUGCUGGCAAAUAAAUAGUAUGAUGUUUAGAACCAGCUACCUCCUUGGGCUUCCAGUUCCUACUUUGAAUUGCCAGUGGUAGUAAAGGAGUAGAAUUCUGUGCUGAGGUAACCUGCAUAGAAUUACCUUGUUCCUUUAUAUUCAUAGAAAGCUGGAAUUUGAAGAGUCUUUAGUGGUCAUCCAAUUUUCAAUUUACUGAUAGAUUUGUAUGUCCAAAUCUCACAUCUCUGAUACUUACUGUAUGACUCAAGAAAAGUCACUUUAACAUUUUUGGGCUUGUGUUUCUUCAUUUUCAAAAUGAGAAAUGUGGAUUAGAGGAUCUCUAAAGUCCCUUCUUACCUGUAGAACAUAUAAUCAAGUAAUUAGAGUAACUAGAACAUGUUCAUUAACAGGAAACAUUACUCUCUCACAAAGUAAAUUCUGCCUGCCAUAAAAUUAAAACAAAAUAAACAAACAAAUAAAAACCAAAUAGGCCACUUGGUGCAGAAGAAUGAGGAAAAAUAUUUCUACCCCUUUGGGCUUGCUUUUUCUGGUGGGCAAAUUUGAAAUCAUCUCUAAAUUAUAUUCUAGUUUUAAAAUUUUUAUAAUUGCUUUAAUCUUCUAUAAUUUUGAGUAAUUCACAGGAUCUAAGAUUUUUUUUUAUCUGAAAGGGAACGUAAGAAACAUUUAAUCCAAUUUAAUUUUGCAGAUGAAGUGAUUGAAGGCCGGAGAGUGAGGUGUGAAUUAUGUAAGGUCACAAACAUAGUAAAUAGCCGGGCCAGGAUUGAAACCAAAGUGCUGUAACUAGAGGUCCAGUUCAUCACACUGCUUCCUACUUUAAUGUUGUAAAUGAGCUAAAUGAAUCAUAAUUAUCAUCUAAUUAAUCACAGAAUUAUAGAAUCAUAGAGAAUUUCAAGCUAGAAGAGACCUUAGCAUAGUUUUUAGUGUUAACAAUAUUUUCAUACCUGCUUGAAAUUUCAUAUGAUUUUGACCCUCAAAGUUUUUUAGAAAUUCAAGAUUGUCGUUAGGUUUUGUAGAAAUAAUGUAUGAUUCCUGAAGGUUCUGAAAAAACCUAUCUGACACAUAAGAAAAAGUUAAUUCUUGAUUGAUUUUCUUCUGUAAAAUUAAGAGCUUGGAAUAAUUGACUUUUUAAGUCAAUAUCAGUUUUAAUAUUACGUGAUGCAAUAAUAUUCUUUUCUUUUCUUUCUUACCAAUCAACACUAUUUGUUCUAGCUAAACUUUUUAGUUGAAAGAUAAAAGUCUAGUGAUCCAUUGCUUUUCCUUAGACCACAUUUCUGUUGAUUUUUUUUUCCUGACAUGAUAUAUCUUUGAUUUCACAGUUGCCAGAUAAAUCAAUUCAACAAGCAUUUAUUAAAAUGCUUAUUACCUGUCAGUCAUUGUGCUAAGUGAUAAAGAUACAAAUAUAAACAAAAAUGCAGAUCUGCCCUCAAAGAACUUACACUGGAAUAAGGGAAAUCACAUGAUAGGGAGGCUAAAAAAAUAGAGGGAGGAGAGGGAAGAGAAAGUAUUAUGUAGCAGAUAUGAUGGCCAAAUCCAGACAAUAGAGGGAUAGCUGAUUUGGACCCUUCCUCAAAAUGGAGAUUCUGAGAAGAACUCACUAAUGGAAAAAGUAGCCCAUAGGAGCUGAGUCAGGGGCAACUGAGGCAUGGUGUCAUAGCUCAGUUUCAUUCCAAUUCAUUAAAUUCACCUUCUGUUUUCUAGAAAGCUUAGGCAGAUUUAAGUGGAAAUUUGGACUUAGGCUUCAUUUGACCAUUUAAUAGACAUGUGACUUUGGGUAAAUGACUUCAUUGCACUGAGAGGCAACAUUGCACAGUAGAAAACAAUGUUCAGUUAGUGUCUCUGGAUUGAAAUGCUAGGUCUGCUCUUUUAAUUUUUGAACUUCAAUUUCCUUUUUUUUUU